AUGGAAUACUGUAGUAAAAAAAUUGAGGACUUAGUGAAGGGCAAGGUGCUAUUGGGGGAGUUACAAAAUGACGAAAACAACUAUUUAAUGAAAAAGUUACUAAAUAAUAUUGUCGAAAUAGUGAAAUUAACAAAUAAGAUAUCUUAUAAUUGUUUAUAUAAGAACAAUGUAGAUAGUGUAAUGUCUAAUAGCUCAGAAAUAAAAGACUUGCAAAAUGAGUUAUUAAAAACUGUAUACGAUUUAUUACUGUACAGUAGCAAUGAUAAAACAAAAAAUAUGUUAAAAGAUCAAUAUGCAAAAGACUAUUCUGUUUUACCGAAUAAUUAUCAUAUUAUAUCCUCAACAUUAGAAGAGAUAAUUUCAAGGUCAAAAGACUGUUUCAAAUUUUUCCAUAUAGAUAAUAAGGAUACAUCAAUUUUAACAUGCAGAAAUACAAAAAAUGUAAGUAGCAAUUAUUUAAAUGAUUCUGAAGGUAUUGAUAGAAACUAUUUGAACGAAGUGGUUUAUUCGCAGCUUACACAGAAAAAGGAAAAAAAUGAAAUAUCUGAUGAACAUCAUAAUGAGGAAUACCAGAAAACAGGAAAUAAAUGUAAUUAUAAUAUUCUCAGUAUUGGUGAGAGAAAGGAAGAAAAUAGCGGUAAAUGUUAUGUGGAAAAAUUCGACAAAAAGAUGAAUAACAGUGAAACAACUCUUAUGAGGGAUAUAAAAGAAGAAGAGAGUACUAUUUUUGAAAAAAUACUUAAUCCUAAUAUUUUGAUAAUUGAUAAUGAUUCAGAAGACAGUUGUAUACUUACAGAUGUCCAAAAUAAUAGUAAUAAGAAAGUAAAAAAAGAAAUAUAUAAAAAUUCAAAAAGAAAAAAACAAAAAAGUACAUCUACAACUGAGCGGAAUAAGGGUAAAUAUAAUAAGGAGGAUGCUUUUCAUCAUAAGGAGAAUACUGAUAAAAAAGUUCAGAAUUCCUGGUUACACUUGACAAAUAAUUAUGCAAAAAUUUUUAUUCCUCGUGUUCCAUUCAAAUAUAACAAAUUGGUUGAUCUAAAUGACGAUUUAAUAGAAGCAAUGGAAUGUCAAGAACGCUAUAUCAAAAAGAAGAAAUUAUUAUUGCAGUAUCGAGAAGAAUUUAAUUGUAAAAAGUUAAAAUAUACAAGUAGUGCUGAUAUUAUAAAGGAAAUAUUUAAUGACAACGAAAUAAGAGAAAUAAAUGACGCAAUAAGCGACGUAAGUGAGAUCAGUGAUAUGGGCAAAAAAGAGGACCAGGUGAGUGUAGUCAACAAAAUGAAUUGCUCAAGUAACUCAAUUAACGCGAAUAACUCGAAUAAUGCGAAUAACUCGAAUAAUGCGAAUAACAUGGAGGAAUGUAAAAGAGUAAAAGACGAAAAAGGGGGGAUGUUUCCUCCCUCGUGUAGUAGUUCCGAUAUCUCUAUUACAAAUUACAACAGUGUUAUUAGCGACGAUUUUUUUUGUAAAAUGUUAAAAAAAUUGAACAAGGAAAUAAACAAAUAUGAUUACAAAUUUAGUAGUUUAAGUCAUCCUUAUGAAUACGAAAUAAAUAACCUGAUUGAACUAUACAAGAAUUGUGAUGAUAGCAUUUCAAAGUUUGUAAAAAUAAAUGUGGAAUUAACAAAGCCAUUAAAAAUAAAUGAAAAAGAAUAUAAAAUAAUUGAUAAGAGGAGUGAAUUAAUAGAUAUGAUAAAUGUAAUAAAAACAAGACAAGAUAGGUUUUCUAUAAUGGUAGCUGUAAAUUAUAAAAACUCAUAUCGUGGAUUCAGCUCUUUAAUUCUAAUAGGAACUAGUGAGCUUGAUUAUAUUAUUGAUGUUUAUACCAUAUUUGAGGAUAUAUAUCUAUUAAAUGAAAUAACAACGGACCCUAGUAUAUUGAAAAUUACGUAUAAUUCUGAAAAUGUUAUCCUAUAUUUGCAAAAAGACUUUUCUAUUUAUUUUGUUAACAUUAUUGAUAUUUUAAUUUGUUCAAAUUAUUUAAAUAUAAAAAAUACACUAACGUAUUUAGUUUACAAUUAUUUUAAUGUUAGCAUUAAUUCCAUUGGGCUUUCUUCAAAAUAUUUGACUCGACCCCUUACUCCUGAUGUUAUUUAUACUUUGAGAAUUUCGUUUCACUAUUUGUAUUACCUAUUUGACUAUGUUCUUACGGACUUGUAUUUCAACUUCGUAUUUAAUAAGUGUAGAAGUGAUGAUAGAAAUGAUGACCGAGUUAAUGACAAAAUUGAGGAUGAAGACAAAAUUAAAAAAAGUGACGAGGAAAACGAUGAAAAUAUUACUGCAAUAUGGAUCAACCAUAAGGAUUCUAAUAUCAGUGGUACAGGAAAUAUUUACGUGAAUUUUGAAAAAAUAAAAUUUGUUGACUUAUCUGAAGAGGAAAAAAAAUAUGGAGAAGAAAUUAUAAGGAACGUAUUUAUGCAUAGUAAUAAAGCAUGUACAAAAGUUCAUAAAGUAAAAGAUGUUUGCGAUAUUAUGAAGACGAAGGAACAAAUAAAAACAAUUAUAAAAGCAUCAUACUGUUUGAAUAAUUCUGAUAAUUUAAUAGAGGAUAUAUUAAUAUGGAGAGAAAAAUUAUCAAAAAAAAAAGACGAAUCACCUGAUUAUAUAAUUAAUAUUCAUAAUAUCAUUUCUAUUAUUCUAAAUAUGCCAACAUCCAUGUCUAAUUUAAAAAGUAAUAUAGUACCAUUGUCAAACACGUUAUCAGAAAAUUUAGAAGCCUUAUUUGAAAUUAUUAUUAAAUCGAAUAUGAAGAAAAAAGCGAAUGUUCACUUUUACUUGAAUUAUAUUAAAAAUGAUGGAUUUAAUAAUAGUACCAAUGGCAAUGAAAAAAAUAUGAUCAUACAUUAUUCAUCCAAUAAAGAAAAAGUAAAUACAGAAAAAUAUGAAGAAGCUAUUAUCGUUCCCAGUAUGCAUUUUCAAUGUAUUUCUAAUGAUCACAAAAGCCAUUUUUCACAUACGCAAAAUGAUGAUAAAAUAGUUCGAAGCGACCAAAAAGGUCGAAAUAAGGCCUACGCAGUAGAUGAAAUAUUUGCCUUAGAAAAAACGUUUUUUAGUGAAAGCGAAAAUAAUAGCGAUUCGAAAUGUCAUAAAAGAAUUAACGAUAGUAAAUGUAUUAGUAAUAGUGGUAAUAAUCAUGGUAACAAUCAUGGUAAAAAUCUUGUUAACAAUAAUGAUAAUAAAUAUGGUAAUAAAUAUGAUAAUAAAUAUGGUAAUAAAUAUGGUAAUAAAUAUGGUAAUGAGAAUCAUGAAAGCUACACACUCUUGUCUUCCUUACUUAGUUCUGUUAAAGAUCGUAAUGAGAGGGUGAGCUAUGUGCAUAAUCACAGUAGUAGUAAGGACACUGAACAUAGUGUAAAAGCAGAACAGGGGAAGAUUAAGAAAGACAUAAAUAAGAACAAAAAAAAACGCACUUAUAAUAACAAAAAUAAGCAGAUGUACCAGUCAUAUAAUCAACAGUACAAUAUCAGAAGUAACAGAGGGCUAUAUUCCAGAAAUAUUCUGGAUGAAAUAAACUGA